AUGCCUCAUCGAACUCAGUCCAACAACUCAAACAGAAACUCUGAUCCAACCCCAAAUGAAUCAUUAGCGGAGAAUCUCAAGGGAUACCAAGAGCUUGUGAGUAAUCUUACCGAUCAUUUAGGAAGAUUAGCUGAUAAGGGUGAAGAACAACAUUCGGCCCUAAUCAAUUUCAGGGAAUUACUUUCCAAACAACUUGCCGAGAUGCAAAAACAAGCUGAAGCUCUGCAAAAGCGAGCUGAAAUUUUUCAAAGACAGGCUGAUGACUCGAGAAAACUGAUCAAAGAAAUGUUACUGGAUUUGAAAGAGUUUCGCUCUGGUCGUAAUACCUCUGGGCAGCCUCAGCGUUCUCCAACAAAUCAUCAUAUUGAUGAUAAGUUAGAUCUGAUUUAA